CCUCUAGCGGCCAUUUUAGUUUAUCAGGCAGUGAAGCAGAGUUUCUGAAACCACCUGAGAUUCAUUAAUCACCGAUUUUUCAUCAAUCCCUCGCGACCUCGAGUGUGAUUUCGCCUCGUCUUUCAUGAGGCCUGAAAUUUCAAUGAAAUGACCAGCUGCGUUGAUGAAGACGUUUCCAUAACCAGCUCUUCGUCCAUUUCUGAUAAAGUCUGUGUGCACUGGGGAUGUGAGCUCAGUUCCAGCCAAACCACAGUAGUAUUCAAGGCAGAUGAUGAUCUUUUGGAGAACCAGUUCUUCAUCAAAACGAUAUGCCUCAGUGCACAGGCAAGUGAUGAGAUGCAUGUAAUUGCUGUAUCUGAUGGAGUUGGCGAGUCCAAGCCUGUCCCAAUUGCCACGCUGCGUCACUGUAUGCCCACAGUCAGCUUCCCUGCCUUGGAGCUCAUGCCACCUGUUACCUUCAGUCUGUGUUCAGGCAACGGGCCGGUGUUCAUCUCUGCGCAACAUAUUACACUUAAUCCUACUGAAAAUACAGAGGAGGAGGAGGAAGGAGGAAGGUUCUUGGCUGACGAUUUGACAGACUGAACCAUUCUCAAUCGUCAUUAUCUUGAUCAACUGUGUGGAUAAAUUUGACCAUUUUUUGAGAUCAAAAUGUACAGCUCGGAUCUGUGGGUUCAAACAUCAUUAUGUGUACUUAAAUGAAUGUGCAUGAUGGAUUAUGAAUCAGAAAAGCAAAGAAACGUGAAGCGAAACAAAGUCUUGGAGUAAAUUUAGGCAGCAGGCUUAUGUAAUGUAAUUUGUCUGCCUUUUCUUUUAGAACUAAUCAGAUACAGAUGAUGAACCCAUGGUCAAGUGAUUGAUUGCUGAAAUUAAUGAAUGUGAUGUAAAUGAGAGAAGAGCAAAGAUGAUUGCUGUAUUGAAUUCACUGAUGCAAUAUAUGAAAAGAAGCGGGAUUGAUAAUCUGUCUGACCCUGAAUAAUAAUGAUUUGUAUUGUUAAUAUGAUCAGUGUGGUGUGGUUUUUUUUAAGAAAAUGUGCAAUUAAAUGUCAUUUUUAUCUCUGAUGCAAAUCA